AUGACGCUGGAGAAGUACAAGUACACCGCACACGCCACCGCCAGAGGGCAGGGACGCAACGGUGAGGUCAAAUCUGACGACGACGACGGGCUCUCUCUGCGUCUCGCUAUGCCCAAGUCUCUCGGGGGCAGAGGAGACGGCCAGAACCCGGAGAUGCUUUUCGCGAUGGGCUACGCCGCAUGCUUCCUCUCUGCAAUUCAGAUGGUCUCCAACAAAUUCGGAAUGACGAAUGAGGCCAAGAAUGCCGUCGUCCAUACCCAAGUGCACCUUGGCAAGCCCGAAGGCGCGGACGGGUAUGCGCUCGAGGUAGAGGUCCAGGUCGAGGGCGUGCCCCAGGAGCUCAUUGACGCCGGACAUGAGGCGUGCCCGUACAGUCGCGCUUUGAAGCAUGGUGCUGUGGUUAAGGUGUCCAAGAAGGAUUGAAUUGUUCGCUGACUACGUCGAUCUCUCCGGUACUCUGAGCCCUUAUCAGUUGGAUCUCGUACGGCCUCUCAAAUAUCGUGG